GUCACACUUUUUCUCCAGUUAGUGUUGCAGACAGUUUUGAUUCCAGAAGAUGUGACUCCGGUUGGUUUCCUGCGGGACAGUUGUGUGGAUUUUAUUUCAGCCUCCAUCGUUUCACCGUAUCUCUUCAUGCUGGUGCGUCGGACUGACGCGGAGCGGAACGGAUCGGUUCGGCUUUUAAACUUGAUUCAGGGGCUUUUACGCGCGGGUCAUGGAGCGUCAGGUGUGUGAGCGCACGGACACGGCUCGCGUCCGUCUGUCAUGGUGUCGGUGCUGGCGGUGAGAUCUCGUGGAGCACGAUGGAGGAGAGAACCUCACUUUUCUUCUUGUUCUUCUGCCUGGUGGUCGCGACGCAGCUCAGCCGGAGCCCGGCGCAGGUCCUCCGGAUCGGUGGGAUUUUUGAGACCCGGGAGAGUGAGCUGGUCAGCAUGGACGAGCUGGCGUUCAAGUUCGCCGUGAACAACAUAAACCGUAACAAGACGCUGAUGCCCAACACCACGCUCACCUACGACAUCCAGAGGAUCAACAUCUUCGAUGGAUUCGAGGCUUCGCGGAGAGUGUGUGACCAGCUGGCUCUCGGGGUGGUGGCGGUGUUCGGCCCCUCCCACAGCUCCUCGGUCAGCGCCGUCCAGUCCAUCUGCAACGCCCUGGAGGUCCCGCACAUCCAGACCCGCUGGAAACACCCGUCAGUGGACAACAAAGACACGUUCUUCAUCAACCUGUUCCCCGAGUACACCGCCAUCGCCAGGGCCAUCCUGGACGUGGUCACGUUCUUCAAGUGGAGGAAGCUGACGGUGGUCUACGAGGACAGCACAGGUCUGAUGCGGAUGCAGGAGUUGAUCAAAGCUCCUGCGAAGCUCAACCUGAAGAUCAAGAUCCGGCAGCUCACGCCGGGCAACCAGGACGCCCGGCCGCUGCUCAAGGAGCUGAAGAAAGACAAGGAGUUCUUCAUCCUCUUCGACUGCUCCUAUCGAAUGGCUGCGGAGCUCCUCAAGCAGCUUUCAUCAAUGGGCAUGAUGACGGAGUACUACCAUUUCUUCUUCACAACUUUGGAUCUGUUCGCACUCGACCUGGAGCCGUAUCGCUACAGCGGCGUCAACAUGACAGGGUUCAGACUGCUGAACAUAGACGACCCAUGGGUGGCGUCCACCAUGGACAAGUGGGCCAUGGAGAGACUGCAGGGUCCCAAGCAAGAGAUCGGCCUGAUGGACGGAGUCAUGACUACAGACGCAGCCUUGAUGUACGACGCCGUGUUCAUGGUCGCCGUCGCGUCCCAGCGAGCCACUCAGAUGACCGUCAGCUCCCUGCAGUGUCACCGCCACAAGCCCUGGCGCUUCGGGCCGCGCUUCAUGAACCUCUUCAAAGAGGCACAGUGGGACGGACUGACAGGGCACAUUGUUCUUAAUAAGACAGAUGGCCUGAGGAGAGACUUUGAUUUGGACAUCAUCAGCCUCAAAGAGGACGGCACUGCCAGGGGUAUCAUGGACGGCGGAAGUCGCCUCACAAAGAGGUGGAUCAAGAUCGCUGUGUGGAACUCGUACAAGGGGAUGAACCUGACGGAGAAGUCCAGCAGAGACAAGAAUAACAACGUGACCGACUCUCUGGCCAACAGGACCCUCAUCGUCACCACGAUUCUGGAAAAUCCAUAUGUGAUGUAUAAAAAGUCCGACAAGGAGCUCAUUGGCAACGAUCGUUUCGAGGGCUACUGUCUGGACCUGCUCAAAGAGCUCUCCAACAUCCUGGGUUUCACGUACGAGGUCAGACUGGUGGCUGAUGGGAAAUACGGCGCCCAGAAUGACAAGGGAGAGUGGAACGGGAUGGUCCGAGAGCUCAUCGACCACGUUGCGGACCUCGCCGUGGCCCCUCUGACCAUCACCUACGUCAGAGAGAAGUCCAUCGACUUCUCCAAGCCCUUCAUGACCUUGGGCAUCAGCAUCCUGUACCGCAAACCCAACGGCACCAACCCGGGCGUGUUCUCCUUCCUCAAUCCGCUGUCUCCGGACAUCUGGAUGUACGUGCUGCUGGCCUGCACGGGAGUCAGCUGUGUGCUCUUCGUCAUCGCCAGGUUUACCCCGUACGAGUGGUACAACCCACAUCCGUGCAACCCGUCCUCGACUCUGAUACAGAACAAUUUCACUUUACUCAACAGUUUCUGGUUUGGCGUCGGAGCGCUCAUGCGGCAAGGCUCGGAGCUGAUGCCUAAGGCUCUGUCCACUCGUAUAGUCGGGGGUAUCUGGUGGUUCUUCACCUUAAUCAUCAUCUCCUCCUACACGGCCAACUUGGCUGCCUUCCUCACCGUGGAACGAAUGGAUGCUCCCAUUGACUCCGCAGACGACCUGGCCAAGCAGACCAGGAUUGAAUAUGGGGCAGUGAGGGAUGGAUCCACCAUGACCUUCUUCAAGAAAUCCAAGAUCUCCACCUACGAGAAGAUGUGGGCGUUCAUGAGCAGCAGGAAGAACACGGCGUUGGUGAAGAACAACAAGGACGGCAUCACGCGCGUCCUGACCACCGACUACGCCAUGCUGAUGGAGUCCACCAGCAUCGAGUACAUAAGCCAGAGAAACUGCAACCUCACACAGAUCGGAGGCCUCAUAGACUCCAAGGGCUACGGGGUGGGAACGCCUAUCGGUUCUCCGUACAGGGACAAAGUGACCAUCGCCAUCCUUCAGCUGCAGGAGGAAGGGAAGCUGCACAUGAUGAAGGAGAAGUGGUGGCGAGGUAACGGCUGCCCCGAGGAGGACAACAAGGAGGCCAACGCUCUGGGCGUGGAGAACAUCGGCGGCAUCUUCAUCGUGCUGGCCGCCGGUCUGGUCCUCUCUGUGUUCGUGGCCAUCGGAGAGUUCAUCUACAAGGCCCGGAGGAACGCAGACAUAGAGGAGGCCUUUUGUUUCUUUUACGGGGUGCAGUCCCGUCAGUUUCAGCGACGCGGGUCCACCGCCUCCACCGGCACCUCUUUAUCUACUGAUUUGGAGAGCGGCAGGCUGCUGGGCGAUGACACAGAGUAGCCGUGGCAGCACAUUAGCAGCACACACACUCUGUAGAUGAUAGGUUUGUAACCAGGUGUCCUUCUCUCUGUGCCCCUGUUGGAAAUCCCACCCUAUACAGUACCUGCACCUGUCUCAGCCAAUCCCACCCAUCAUUACCUCUUUACCUUCGAUCCCCGCCCCUGGUGCCCACGUUGUCUCCCUGCAAAAUGUCUGUUUCAUGUGGUUAAACCCAUUUGUGGUCUCUUUUGGUUUGGGACCAUUACACCCAUCCUGAAACAAGGCUCCUGUGAUAUUGAGGCAACACUUAUUUAUCCGAUAGCAUUAAAGGAGACACGUUCUGCUCAGGUUCAUCAUUUUGAUUUGUCAUUUCUUCUUCUUUAGGCUGCUUAACUCACAAAAACCUAUAUAACACAUUAAAUACAUUUAAUAUUGACCCAUAUUCAGGUAAAUCAAAGAGACAAACACCCAUUUGUUUUAUUUUGAUCUCAAAAUCAUUCCAGUUUUGAAAAACGUGGUAUUUUUCAGUUCAUAUAACUGGUGGAGAGCUCUGCACGGCUCCCUUGGUGUUAAGCUGUUUUUCUUUCAUUUUUUUUUUUGCUUGCUCUGGAUAAGUAGCCUUCUAAUGCAAGCCCUGAAGUUUUGCCUCAUUCAUUCCAGUCUCAGCAGGCGUUUGUGUACACUUCAGAAGCUGACUUUGAACGCCUUCUGGGAAAUCAAAAGAUAGGGAAAAAGUUAUUUGAAUAUUUUCCUCCUCAUUACGCUCUUUGCUAACCCGGUUUGGUUGGCUGGAAUUUGGAUAAGAGCGAUGGGACAAUCUGUGGAGUUAAUGCGUCCCCCGACACAGAUCCAACGCCAAGAGGAAAGUUAUCAUUUCAUAAGUGACUACGAGGGGAAAGAGUCUCUGAAGGUCUGUACUGAUUUUGCAAUCUAGCCUUUAAAUCUGUCUCUUAUUGAGUUAUGCCAAACAUGAAAUACUACAAAGAGCAGUGUUUUAUACUUCUGUCAUUGAAUGAUGUAAAUCAGUGCACAUUAGAUAAUAAUGUCAACUGCUAAAGAAAUAAAAAGGAUUAUCCGACCAUCCAUCAUCCAUCAAUCCUGGAGCCAGAUGAAUAGGAUGCCCUUCAAUAAUACAUUAAUUAAUUAAUUGAAGAGCAAAACAACAGUGUUUUUUAUACAAUUGGACUGCAAGAUAAUUACGUGUGUUAUUAGGAAAGUAAAUGAAUUAGAAGGUCGUGCAUACAUCCGCCAAGGCCCCAACAAUCCCCUCAUGAAAACCACAUUUACAUUCACUAGAUCCAGAUUGUAAUUUGCAUUUGUCCUGUAAAUGAGCCUUAUUUCUCUCAACAAGAUCCAUUAAGUAAUAUUAUUGAGAAAACAGUGAAAAACACCUAGAAAUCCUGGAUCUGCUGCCUUAUCUGGACCUGCACUCAGAUGUUAUGGGUUCUUCCCUGACUCAUAGCACAUCCUUCCACCAAACAAACAGACAUAUUAACCCGCAAACAAUCAGACAGGGGGUAAAAACAUAACCUCCUUGGCGAAGUUAAUUAAAAGUUCAGGCUUGAUUUGGCUCCUGUUAGAUAAAUCAGGUUUAGGUUUACAGUCCAAAAAACUAACAAAAAGCCCCAAACCAAAAGCAAUUUACUCUUUGGUUUUUUUGCUUCUCCCUCAGUCUUUCAGGUCUGAGUCUUUCAUGCGGUAGGAUACCAGGUGUGGCGCUCUGCUGAUACCGAGUGAUUGCUGGGGUUUGUGGGAAAACCUGCGGGAAGCCACAUUCAUUCGAGAACCCUGAGGCGAAGCCCGAGGAUGAAAGAGAGACACCUUCUCUGGUCCUGAAGCAAAGACCAGCAGAUAAAAACGGGACGACUCGGUGCUGCGCAUGCAAAACACACACUUUAGUGAGCGCACCGUUCGGAGGAGAACAAAAUAAAUAUGACUGAAGAUUGAUGAGUUCAAUGUCAUUUAUUAUUGUGCGAAAUCAAAUAAAGCCUGAGGGCCUCUUUGGUAAUUGAAAAUAAUUACCAUAUUAUGAAUUCGUAGCUGCCUGCAUUAGGAUAUUGCACGGCAGACACUGUCCUUCAUCUUUUGUCUGUGUAAUUGGAUUUUAUGAUGAGACAACAGAGUUUGCGUGUCUUUUUACAACUCUCGUCUUUUGAGGUGUUUUUCUGGUCGGACCUUCAGAGCGUCGACUGCUCACAUUCAGCUGCAGGCAGCGCUGAAAUCAAAAUCUAAUUAUCUUUGAACUAAAUUAGUGUUGUUUCCUCUUAAUGCUGUAACUUAUAAUUCCCCUCCAAGUUCAUAAAGUUCACAAUGAUUUUGGUUGAAACCUUCACCCAGGCCUUCCCCUGCUUCUCU